AUGAAUAGUCCUACGUCAGCGAUUGCCAAGCAAGAUUUUUUUCAAGAAGCAAAAACUCUCAUUGCUCAACAUUAUGAAAAAAUAAAUGAGAAUAAAGUCCAAGGUACUUCUAUAAAUGUUUUUAGAAAUAAACACCAAAACCCAAAAUCUGCCAAAUUCAUACCUUUGGAGAUUACAAAAAAGGAAAUAGUUGAUGUGGUCCAAAGACAUCAGACAGCACUCAAAAGUAUUUGUUUUCCCAAGGAGCUUCCCAAAAGUGAACAUUUUCAGGAGCCCUCAGGAAGAACUUUUCUGAAGGAGUCACACCUUUUUAAUAUAAAAGAAAAAUGCAAGUCUAUAGACCUAAUUACAAAAGAACAAGUUAAACUGGGGAAAAUAAUGACUAACAUUGAAUCAGUGAGUAAAAUAAUGGAGAAAGAAAAGCAACAGCACCCUGAGAAGUUCAGAAACAGAAUUUUGGACUCAUAUGCCUUCCCAAUCCAUCUUGGCUUGCCCAUUCAACCCAUGACGUCUUCCGUGGGACUUUGGAAAGAACCUGACAAAGCAUUCUAUGAUUGGAGACGAAUUGCGUUGCCAAGGUCUUCCCGUUCGGCUCGUGACUACAGUGUGAUUAGUUUCCCUGAACGAUCAUCAAUAUUUCAGCAUUAUCGUACUCCGUUUCUCACACUGGAAGCAGUGGCGGUGCGAGGAAUGGAGCUCACUGCUAUUUCACAAAAGAAACACUUCAUAAAAACAGAGCAACAACCUAUCCAGCCAGCAGAACCAAAGUCACAACCCAGGAAAAGAUCUACUCGAAAUAAAGGUGAUAAAUUGGACAAUAAAGUUAAAAGAAUUGGACCCCACAUAGAAAUCUUCCAGGUAUUCCGGGAAAGGCACAAAUUUAUAAUUACCAGAAAAAUAAUUAGACUGAUCACCAUCACACAGGCAUGUAUCAGAGGGUGGCUUGAACGCAGAAGAUUCCAAAGAGUAACUACCAAGGCUUUGUAUCAUGGACCGAAUUUGAAAGCAGUUAUAAAUAUGUAUCGCAGAUUAAUCCACCGUGUUAGAUAUCGACUUGGUCUUUGGAGGACAAGACAAAUUAUAAACUUAGAAGAGCUAGAGGAAUGGAUGGACAGGAAAAAAUACUAUGAAACAAUGUUUGCUAAGAGAGAAGACUGGCGAGGGUUAGAAAGAAGCGAGCUUCCUAAGUACUUCAAUGACUGUGGUCAUUUCCCAACCCAGACACAAAUUGAUGUUAUUUGGGACCUGGUCAAUAGAGAUUGCCAAGAAAAAUAUUCUGAACUAAUCAAAAAGUGCAAUGCAAUUGAAAUGUUAUUUACGCUGUAUCCUCCUCAAGGUGCCCAGGUGCAUAAUAAUACACGACUUAAGUCAACUUGGCUGAGACCCAUAGUAAAUGGGGAAGAAGGAUACAAAUAUAUAGUUUUCCACCUGCAAUUACCAGAUUCUAAAGAUUUGUAUUUGUUGUUUAGAGCUCAUUUGCAAACAUUUUGUUAA